CUGGAGUGCAGGUUCAAAACAGAAGCUUUUUGGACCUGAACCUGUUCAAAAAUCACAAUUUUUUCCCCCCUUUUCCCUUGAAAAACCUUUUUGGGUUGUUGAAAGAAAUGAGUUGCAGUAAUAGUCUGGCUCACGUGCAAAAAGUGGUGGAGCAGCUUCGGGUGGAGGCCAGCAUGGAGAGAAUUAAGAUCUCGCUGACGGCUGUAGAUUUGGUGCAGUACUGCCAGGACAACAGACGCACUGACCCUCUGCUCACUGGAAUUGCAGCCUCCUCCAACCCAUUCAAAGAUAAGAAGUCCUGUGUGCUGCUUUAA